AUGCCCCGUCGAACACAUACGAAUUAUACCAAAGCUACUCAGUCUUCCUCUCCCUCCGCCCCUUCUUCCUCCCAUAUACACAAACACUCUCAUGAUGACCAUCACGACCAUGACCAUGACCAUGACCACGAUCACCAUCAUGGGAUAUUCCAUACGCACGCGCAUGACCACUCGGAAGGAGCCGAACAGAUCAUGCAAGCUAUAUCUACUGGAAAGCUAGAUAGGGGUACUAAGAUAACCCUAUUGGGUCUAGGAUCGAACGUAGCCCUGACGCUGUCAAAGGGAGCAGCGGGAAUAUGGAUGAACUCUGCUUCUCUGCUUGCUGAAGCAGGACAUAGCUUGUCGGAUUUAUUGGGUGAUUUUGUUACCCUCCUCACAUGGCGUAUAUCAAGGCGACCAGCCACGGAUAGUUUCCCAUGGGGAUACAGCAAAUUCGAGACGUUCGGUACGCUCAGUGUGAGCGUGAUAUUAGUGGGAGGAGCGUUGGGUAUCGGUCUGCAUUCAUAUCAUCUCCUACUUCAAACGCUCCUACCAUAUCUCGAGACCUUCCCACCGGGUACAUUCUUCAAUUCGCUAGGUCACUGGCUACCUUCCUCUGUCCCAUCUCCUCUACUCGAAAUGUUCCAUUCUCACGGUCCCUCGGCUCUACCUCACGAGCACGGGGCAGCAGAUGCAGCCCUGUCUGCUCACUCGCAUUCCCAUCAUCACGCUGGUCAUGCACACGGUGCCGAGGGAGGAGCGAUACUGAACCCUCACGCCGCUUGGUUCGCAUUGGGAAGUGUAGUGAUCAAAGAAUGGUUAUAUAGAGUGACCACGACGGUGGCUGCGGAAGAACAUAGUCCCGUGCUGAAGGCAAAUGCAUUGCAUCACCGGGCAGACGCUCUCACCUCUCUAGUGGCUCUAACCUCGAUCCUCGGUUCUUCCUUUGGAGGAUACCACUUCCUCGACCCCUUAGGUGGUCUGGCGGUAUCUUUCUUCAUCCUCCAACAGGGCCUGACACUGUCCAAAGUAGCUUUCCUAGAACUGUUAGAUGUCGGUGUGGACGCUAGUACGAAACAAAAAUAUUUCGGGAUAGUCAAUGAUUUGGUGGAUGGACAGGAGCUUUUGGAGGUAAGGAAUGUCAGAGGGGUCAAAUCUGGUGGUCAAACCCUACUUGAUUUGACUAUAACGGUACCACCUAGUAUGACCGUCCGUGAUUCUCAUGCCGUCGAGCAAAAAGUGAGAGAAGCGAUCAUGCGAGCUCGAAGGGAAGUUCGAGAAGUGAAAAUACAUGUGCACGGUAAGGAAGACGGUGAGACGAUAACCGUCAAUCCUUCAGAUCAGAAGGAUGGCGCGGAUGGUCCUAAAUCGGAUUUUGGUAGAGAAGGUUGUUAA